AUGACAUCACUCAGAGUGGGGUCCUGACAGAAAAGAUGGCUGCCUCCGUACUCAGCAAAAGGACGGCAUUACUUGUAGAUGCAAUAUCUUUUUCUUUAAAUACAUUUGCUCCGAGGAUUUCUUCUUGUGGUGUCCUACAACAGAUCGUUAGCUACCAUGCAAAGCUUUCAAAGGUAAAUGUAAAGGAACCGUAUAUUCCCGAUAAACAAAGCGAAAGAACGCCCGUGUGGCAAAAGACAGCUAAAUAUGACCGCAAGCUCUUUGGACGGUACGGCGCAGCCUCUGGUAUCGACCCUGCAAAGCUUUGGCCAAGCCACUCACAACUUGACGAAAUUAUAACAGAGGAAAAAGAAUGGCAGCCGUCCCUUGAACAAAUGGUGCAGAAUAUCACAAUCAAGGACAAGGAACUGGCAGAUAAACGUCGGGCAAGAGAGAAACUGAUCGCUGCAAACAUGGCCAAGAUGCCACAAAUGGUGGCUACCUGGCGUCGUGAGAAACGGGAGGCCAGGGUAAAGCAGAAGGACGAAAAGGCUAAGCGGGAUCGGCUGCUGGCUGAAGCCAGGGAGCGUUUCGGCUAUGCCAUGGACCCACGUAGCCCCAAGUUCCAGGAUAUGAUCAAAGAGAUUGAGAAGGAAGAGAAGAAAAAGAAGAAGCUCCUGAAACGGAGAAAGCGGGAGGAGGAGGGUGGCCAGGCUGAGGGUGCCACUGCAUCUGGGCCAGCAGACUCCUAAUGCUGAGCCUAAGGCAUGCAGAUGGUUGUACAUAAGAGUCUUGUAUGUUUGGACAUUAACCAUUGUUUUACCAGUUCAGCUGAAUGGAAAGCAUGGUAUAACUGUGUAUUUUUUUUCCAAUAAAUUAUCGUACACAAUA